AUGGAUAACGAGCAAUUUUCUCAGAACAUUACUAUCACAGCCGUAGAGAGAUUGAGUUUUACUAUGUCCCUGACCAAGUUUAUCUCACUUUCUCUUCUUCCCCCCUCUCUCUCUUUCUCUCUUCUUCCCCCCUCUCUCUCUCCGACUACCACUCUCUCCCCUUCUCUAUCUCUCUCGCUAUCUAGGCUGACAAACUUUCGACUGAUGACAAUGAAUCCGGUGUUGCGAAGCGGUUCUCCAUCUAUGUCCAGUAGCCGGUGUUGCCAAGAGGUCCUCCAUCUAGGUCCAGUAGCUGGUGUUGCGAAGAGAGCCUCCAUCUAUGUCCAGUACCCGCUGUUGACAAGUGGUCCUCCAUCUAUGUCCAGUAGCCGGUGUUGCGAAGAGGGCCUCCAUCUAUGUCCACCUAAUCUAUUUAAAUAUGUCUCUCUCUCUCUCUCUCUCUCUCUCUCUCUCUCUCUCUCUCUCUAUUAUCCCCUAUCUACCUAUCUAUUUUAA